AUGGAAGAAGCACGAAAAGCUCAUCAGGUUGCUGCCAUUGCUGUAUCCCUAACCGGAGGCACCUCCGCUACCGCCUUGACUGCUUCAGCACCAAUGACUCAUCCAAAUUUUGGAGAUAGCAGCCGCCUUAACCACCAACAGGCAGAUCCCUUUACUUCUCGUGGACGCGGACGGGGUCGAGGAGGACGCGGUCGUGGACGAUCUUCCAACGGGCGUGGACGCGGUCUCAAAAAGCAGCUUCUUAACUUGAAUGGAAGCUCAAAUUCCAUGGAUACAUUGAUAGAAGGUGCCUUUCAACUUAUUACCGAUGAAAGUAAAGCUGGCUCUUGUUUACUUAUCACAAACAGUGGAGGCCUGGAAUACAUGCCAACAUCAUUUGAUCAAGAAGAAAAAAACUUGGCAGCGAUCCCAUCAAGAUUGAUGAAGACAAUUCCUUUGGUUGUUAAUUCUAGCAUCGAGAUCCCUGAUAACUUUAAGCAAUUGUGA